GUCACAAACUGCAAACAUGAGCAUGCUGACAUAGUCAGGAGUUGUUAGAAUUUGUGUGUGCUCUCAUCCUGGAUCCAGGAAGAGGAUUUGGGUUUUAAAACAACAGAUUCUGCAGCUGGAGAUUCAGAGGACCAGAAGAUUUGAGAAGAAAGCAGCAACAGGGGAGAAACGGAGCCAGGUCACCUAGAAAGACAGAGAGACGGUCCAAAGCAGAGAAACCGACUGAGAGGAAGCAAAGAUCCUCAUCCAGGAAACUGAAGGCAUAGAUCUGAUUAACGAGAUAACUGACAGCUUUCCCGCCUGGACUGACAGGAGCACAGACCUGGAAUCCAGGAACUCAUCAACCCACAGCAGGACCUGAUUCUGGUUCAUCUUCAUCUUCAUUCACCUGAACAUGGAGCGGCGAACAAACAGGAGAAGAUCCGAGGAGAAAUAUGUAGAAGGAAAGCAUUUGAAGCUGCCUGAGCUGAAGGAAGCAGCAAGAGAAGUUAACCUUGGUAACGACUACAUCUUCAAAAAUAACAUCCCAGAGUAUCCUCAACCUCAGUUUCAGGUCAGUUUUCUGAAACAUGACACAACAGCAGCCGGCUUGUAUGGAAUCCGGCAGGAUGGAGGCUUUAGAAAUCCAUAUGGAGAAUCGCUGGUUUGGUUUAGUCUGUCUGUGAGAAAUGAAGAUAUAGAAGCUGCAGAGAGGAAGCUGAUGGAGGAGAAGUACCCCGGUAUGAACGGGCAGAUCAACCUGAUGAGGUUUGCCACCUCUCCAGCCUUUUCACCAAAAUCCCGGUUGGGCCACUUCCGCUUCACCUUUCCCCUGGAGGAGGUGCUAAAGGCAUACAGUCAGCAGUUCUGCAGUGGUGGUCAACCCGUCAUGAGGGUCCUUGAGACAGUCCUUCACAAGAAGGAAAUUGUGUAUGUGGUGGUGGUCCACAGUCCAGAUGAUCAGAACUUCUCACAGUAUCCUUUAUUGGCUGAAGACCCGAACGCCGUCUGCUUCUUCAGAGACGGCAGUUUCUUCUGGAGGUCAGAGGCCAUGUGUGAGACACACCGCUAUAAGCUCAACAAAAACAACAACAGUUUAGAAGUGGAGGAGAUCCCUAUAAAAUGUUGUCCUUUUUAUGUCUGGGACAAUGUCGCCAUCGCGUUCCAUGUUGGAGAAGAGGUGCUGAAGUUUGACGUGGAUCAGCUCAGACAGAACCUGGAGCACUGCGAGCUAGACUCUGUGACGUGCAACUCCACUGACAACUUGACUCCUGACCAAGCUGAAGAACUGAUCAGGGAGUUAUGGUCAGAGUUCCCACCGGGGGAUCUGCCCCUUCACACUAGAGACGAUGAAGCUCCUCCUCCUCCUCAACCCUCUUCAUAAAAACCUCCUGUAGCUCCGCCCACCUGCGGUGUCUCCUGAUCUUAUAUUUACUCUGUUUGCUCUGAUUUGCUCACUGUACCCCCCCCCCCAUCCCCCAUCCCCAACAAUCACAGAUGUGUGUGAAGUUUUUGAUUAUGCUGAUGAUUCUCUAACUAUUAUUAGGAUCAUUGAUAAUUAUUUAUAUGAUUAUUCCUAAAGAUAAAUAUUUGAUGUUAUUGCUUUUACUGCAUUAUGAAAUCAUUAACUGGAGUUCAAUAUUUAACAAUUGUGAUAAAUGUAGAAGAUCUUAUUGGAAUCAAGAAGGGAAGUGUGAUGUUAUCUUAUUAAUCUUUUAGGUGAAGGUUUACUUUCUUGUUGGAGCUGAAGGUUUUGUUUUUGUUUUGCUGCAGAUGCUAAACUCUGUUGUAGGAACCACAAAGAUGUGGUAGGAUUUAAACAAGUCUUUGUGGUCUUCACUAGUCCUUCAGUCGUGGUGGAGACAUCUCCACGUUUCUUAUUGAAAAUCACUGAGAAUCAAAGAGGAGAACUGAGGCUUCAUUCUACACACUGACUUCAUGCAUAAAUUUUAAUAAAAUUGUUUUCUCCAAAGAA